GUCGCGUUCACAACUCCAGAGCUGCCAUAACGUAGCGCUUCCACCCGAUUCCGUGUGCACCGCUGGCGGUGCUGCGUUUACAAACAAUUGUAAUUAUUAUUCCAAUUUGUUGGGAUCGGGAAAUGUUAGAAUCUGCAUACGUUGACCGUUACACAACACUGAUUCAAAACAGCCGACUUUUCCUUACCGCCAAUUGUUUACAAAUGUGUUAACACACGCGUGUGAUUCCGAGUGCCUUAAAAAUUGUUCCUUCAAAAUAAGUGGUAGAACGAAAGCAAAGUCCAUAAUUAUGGCCAGCAAAGGUCAGCAGGCGGAGGCCCAGCAAUUAUAUCCGCAGCCCUCAAGAGUGGAACUGCUCACCGCCCAGACGGAAACCAACCAGAAACCACGAUGGAGCAGUCUCUUGCUAUUGGUGGCCCUGGCAACCACAUUUGGAGGCGCGGUAUCCACCGGUUACUGCAUUGGCGUUAUCAACGCCCCCUCCAAGCUCAUGAAAGUUUGGUGCAAUCAGACCAUACAUGAAACCUAUGGCAGUAACCUCGGUAAGAGCGGUCUGGAUCUCCUGUGGUCGUGCAUUGUUUCUGUGUUCCUAGUCGGCGGCGCCAUCGGUUCGCUGGGCGGAGCUGGAGCGGCCAAUAAAUUCGGCAGAAAAGCAUGCUUCCUCAUCUGCGGUGGUCUAUUCACCGUGGGAGCGGUGCUCUUCUUCUUCUGCCGUGCCGCCGGCUCCGUGGAGAUGCUGAUGAUCGGUAGAUUUGUGGUGGGACUGGCCUCCGGACUCGUGACCGCCACCCAGCCCAUGUACCUGUCCGAGGUGGCUCCUUUGGCGCUGCGCGGCACACUGGGCGUCUUCUGCGCCGUGGGCGUGACAGGGGGCGUGGUCGUGGGACAGGUCUUCACCCUGGCCGAUGUCUUCGGCACCGAGGAACUCUGGCACUAUGCGUUGGCCGCCUACAUGCUUCUGAUCAUUGUGUGCUACCUGCCAUCGUACAAGUUCCCCGAGAGCCCCAAAUUCCUGUAUAUUGUGAAGGGAAAUCGGGCGGCUGCCAAACGAGAGCUUCAACGACUGCGUGGCAAGAAUGCGGAUGAGCUUAUCGCCCAAGAGAUCGCCGAGAUGGAGGCGGAGACCAAUGCCAAGGUGCAGACCAGCAGCUUCUGCGAUGUGCUGCGCGAUCCUCGCCUCACAUUGCCCCUGAUCAUUGUCUGCUGUUUCCAUGGCGGCCAACAAUUGUCGGGCAUUAAUGCGAUAUUCUACUACUCGGUGAGCAUCUUUGAAAAGGCCGGGCUCUCCAAUGAAAAUGCCCAGUGGGCUAAUUUGGGUGCUGGCUGCCUGAAUUUGACCAUAUCUCUUUUGGGACCCUGGCUGAUGGCCUGCCGUAAUAGGCGAACCCUCAUGAUGUUCUCCUGCGCCCUGUGCUCCGUCUUCCUGUUCACCCUUUCCUUCGUUUUGUUCUAUAUUGACCAAGUCAGCUGGUUUGCCAUCGCCUGCAUCGUCUGCAUCAUGGGCUACAUCUUCUUUUUCCAAUUCGGAUUGGGUCCCAUUCCCUACUUCAUUGGCUCAGAACUAUUCGAGGUGGCUCCCCGCUCCGUGGCCAUGUCGAUGGGCAGCCUGGCCUCGUGGUCGUGCAAUUUCAUCAUUGGCAUCUCGUUCCCGCUGCUGCAGAAUGCGUGGGGUGCCUUCGUCUUCCUGCCCUUCUCCAUUACCUGUGUGCUGCUCUUCCUGCUGACGAAAUUCUAUCUGCCGGAAACGCGUGGUCGAGAUCCUUCCGAGGUGGCGCCACUCGUAUCGAAGGGCUUCCGCUCCAAGGUCAAAUAAGGCCAAGCCCCGUGGGCUCAUCUUACAAUUAGUUUUAAGUAGUCGGUGGUACGUGGUAAUUCGUUUGGGCUCAGAUGGCAGAAUGGGACCACUCAAUGAUUCCUCCAGGUCAUGUGCCUUUGUGUAAUUGCCGACAAUAAACCGGGAUCCACAUUGUUCAGGGUCAAAUUGCUGCAACUAAAUGCAAUUCCCCGUCUAGUCUGUAAGCUCUUUUGUACAAACCAACAAAUGCUAAAUCGGAUCUAACUUUAGGAGUCACCCUGUAUGAAAGCUUUGAGCGCUCCGUUCCCUUAUCACUACUGCACAAGUUCAAUUAAAAUACCUUGGGACUGAGCGCCAAGUAAUACUCGGUUAAUUAGAUUUAUUGUUAAGCAGAAUGCCCUUCCACGGCGUUGGGUUAGGUGGUUAAGUGCCAAACUUUUGCCAAACAAAUGUUAAAUGCUUCGAAAAUAGUUUAAAAUAUUGCCUGACUUGCCUGUUGUUAAUGCCUAAGUGCCCGCUAAUAAAACCU